GCGUUUCCCAGAUCCCUGGGAUUCUUCUGUAUGUGUGUGGCGCCUUGAGGAUCUCUCGAGAUUUCAUGAGGACCAUCCUUCCGAAGGGAGGGUGACGAGGUGCUCUCUUUGGCGUGAUGACAUCUCCGAGACUCGUCCCAGCCUAACUCUGACCAUUUUGGCCCUAUAUUUUCUGGAUCUGGGCCAAAAUAGCCCACACUAGAAUCAAUGUUGAAAACACCAAAGGGGCUCAACAUGCGAGGGUGAAUUUCUGAUCUAUUGUCGAUUUGAAACGACAAUUUGCUCACAGACACUUGUCCUUAUUUAAAUUAUGCUGGGAGUGAAAGUUGAUUGUACAUGAAAGUGUUUAUGUUGCAAGAAUUGAGCAGAGAUUGUGCUAAAAGGAUAAAAUAAAAAUACUAAAUGCUCUCUAAAUAGGAAUUAAUUUUUAAAAAAUUGUUUAACUUAAUUCAAUCGAAAACUUUGGCACGGGAAAAUAAUUAUUUCCAGUAUGUAGAAGCAGUUUUUAUCUGUUGCUGUUGCAUUUCAAAUUUUAAUAAAAUCAAAAUUAAAUUGAAAAUCAAACAAUCCCAAAUGAAUGGUUAACCGUCUCUUGGUUGAGGAAGCAUUUAGCUUCUAAUAGGAACAAAAGGUAACCGCAUCAUUAGGCCAAUAUUAUCACCACACAGGUAUAGGGAGAUGAAGGAUUUCCCAUGGUGGUGUUGUUGAGCCUAGAGACGACAAUGAUUCCCAGCAGAUGGAAAAAUCAAUUUUGAGCAAAACAGUCGAGCUUCGAGGUAAGACUCAAACUGCGGUCCAGAGCGAACAACAAACCCUCCGUUUCCGUGGGUAUGCGACGGAGCAUUGUGGUCGGAUGGCGAGAGCGAAAUGCUCACAAGUGGAAGGAUGUGCGAUGUGUGAAUGGAUGUCCUUGGCGGGAGUUGGAAAUUUUGGUUGGAUAGUGUUCACAACCCUCGGGGUUCAGCGAUUUGAGUCUUAUCGUCGGGGCGCCGAGAGACAGUCGGGGGUAGGAGAGGAGUGGAAAUAAGGCGGAGCAAAGCUGGGAUAUUGGAUUUGACUCUCGAGGAAUGCUGCAGUUCAGCUGGGAGUUGUGUACUCUGUGGCCCCCCGCCCCCUUCGGUCCGUAUCGCACCCCCUUGUCUGAUGAAAGAAGGACUGGUAGGGAAGUUUUCCUCUAACACACCCCAGAGGAGUUCCGCUGCAGAAUUUUCCCUGCCUGAGAUCCUGUGUGCGAGGGAGAGCGAGAUAAAAAUGCCCUCCUCAAAUUGCUAAAUUAUUAUUAGUAUAUAUCCGGCGUGGUGCAACAUCAUGGGCAUAAAGUAGUCAGUUGGGGUUUGAUAGUCACUCGGGACGAACGCCCGCCUCUCCGUGCAAAACUUGUACCACGUUCAAAUUAUUUCAAAUAUAUACCCACUCAUUUCCACGCUAUGUACAAUUCCAUAUGAGUGAUACAAAUCCACUGAGAAUAUUGAAAUAUCACCGAUAGACCUAGUCAAAGGAGGUGAUCGCUCUGCCAAGUGGGAAAACGGGUCCUCCAGGAACAAUUUUCAAACAACUCUCCACGGGCUCGGUGGUGUGUAAAUGUGCCAAAGGGAUUCUGGGGCUACCCGAGCAAUCUGGGACAUGUCACAGUGCGUGAGUGCGUGAAGUGCGGAUAUACCGGCAAGUGUGAGUGUUGGAACGACUAUAGAAGGGGGGAUACAUUCAUUCGCUACGUGCUCAGUACGCGCGAAACUGCGAUCGGACAAUCAACUGCCGAGCUUCAGCUCGGCCUCGCCCUGGUCCACGCUGGAGCUCGAAUGGGGGCGCAAAUUGUACCCCACGAGCGGCUCCCGCGGCACAGGAGGCCUCAUGUUUGGCUUCUCGCCCGGGAGCUCCGAGCUCAAUCAGCCCCGUGGACCAUCGCUCAAAGAGGAGCCACUCAGCGUAAGGGCAUGGAUGCAAUCCACAGAACAGAGCAACUUGUGCAUCGGAAGGGCGCACUUCGAGAAGCAACCACCGAGCAAUUUGCGAAAAUCCAACUUCUUCCACUUCGUUAUUGCGCUGUAUGAUCAAGUUGGGCAACCCAUUGAGAUUGAGAGGACGGCAUUUAUUGGAUUCAUCGAGAAGGAUCAGGAGGUGGACAGCACAAAAACCAACAAUGGCAUUCACUAUAGACUGCAACUUCUCUAUGCUGCCGGUGGCAGACAGGAGCAGGAUAUUUAUGUGCGCCUCAUAGAUUCUGUGACGAAGCAAGCCAUCAUCUACGAGGGUCAGGAUAAGAAUCCCGAAAUGUGCAGAGUCCUCCUAACACACGAAGUUAUGUGCAGUCGGUGCUGCGACAAGAAGAGUUGUGGUAAUCGCAAUGAGACACCAUCUGAUCCAGUCAUAAUUGAUCGGUUCUUCUUGAAAUUCUUUCUGAAGUGCAAUCAAAAUUGCUUGAAAAAUGCGGGAAACCCUCGUGAUAUGCGUCGCUUUCAGGUUGUAAUCGCUACUCAAGUGUCAGUGGAUGGUCCACUCCUGGCCAUUUCUGACAACAUGUUCGUGCACAACAACUCCAAGCAUGGACGUCGCGCGAAGCGUCUCGACGUGUCAGAAGGUAUUUAUCCGCCCCUUCCUAUCGCCACUCCCUGCAUCAAGGCCGUGUGCCCGAGUGAAGGAUGGACAAGCGGUGGUGCACAGGUCAUCAUUAUCGGUGAUAACUUCUUCGACGGGCUGCAAGUUGUUUUCGGGACAAUGGUCAUUUGGAGUGAGCUAAUCACUUCCCACGCGAUCCGGGUCCAAACACCCCCGAGGCAUAUUCCGGGCGUCGUAGAAGUAACGCUGUCCUAUAAAAGUAAGCAGUUCUGCAAGGGAUCGCCCGGACGAUUUGUCUACAUCUCUCUGUGUGAACCAACCAUUGAGAAUGGUUUUCAGCGACUACAGAAACUGAUACCACGCCAUCCGGGUGAUCCUGAGAAGCUCCCCAAAGAAAUAAUCCUGAAACGUGCGGCAGAUCUUGCGGAAGCCCUCUACUCUAUGCCACGAUCAUCUAAUAAUAGUUCAAGCAGUUUUCACUCGUACACCGGCCAACUGGCAGUCGCCGUCCAAGACGGAAAUUCCCAGUGGACUGAAGAUGAGUACCAAAGGGGUCAGAGUGUGAGUCCACGGACGGGCUUCUGUAGCAAUUCAUCUACACCCCAUUCCACAGGCGGUGGGGGCGGAAGUUCAUACAGCGGAACCGGAAACGGAUACGUUCACGCCAGUAACAUGAGCAACCUGCCCUCGUCGUCGCCACCGAGCGUUUUUGGCGCAACGUCCAACGUUUGAGGGGUUAAAAGAGUUUUUGCGGGGAACUCUCAAGAAAUUGAGAAUUUUUUUUGUGUGCAAAAAUGGGGCCAAAUGGCAACCCAUUGAAGGAAAAUCAUUGAUAAAAAAAACUAUUGUGUAAUAUUGUAAUAAUUGUUAUAGAGAGAAGGAAGGAAGAAAAGGGAUGAUAUGAUGAUAUAAAUUAAUGCUAUAGGUCCUAUUUGAGUUUCUGUUAAGCAAAAAAAAAAGAAAUCUCCUUUAAUUGUCAACUCCAUUUUUUAAACGUAAAAAAAAUAAAUUCCUAAAUGUGUAAUUUAUUGUCAUUCGCAGCAUUUUAAAAGAGCACACAGAUCAUUGAUUUUUUUGUCGCCUAUUAUGGAGCAAAAAACCCGAGAAUAAAAAAAAAGAAUUAUUCAAAUUAUUAAACAUUGUUAUAUUGGAUUUAUAAAUAAUAAACUAUUGAAUGAUAGACGAUGUAAAAGUCACUAAUAAAACAUAUCGACAUUAACGUAUACGCAAAAGGCGAUUAAAAUUGAGUGAAAAUAGGCAGGAAAAUUUAUUCCCAACAAAAGAACUCAAUUUAAGAAAAAAAAAUGUGGGAGAAAAAUCUAUAAAAAUUCAUUAAAAAUGUAUUAUCAAAAAAAAUUCUCACACACAACAUUUACACACAAAAAAAUGCUGAAACUUCUCCUCCAGAGUGGAGGUCUUUUCGUCAAUCUUCACACACACAAAAAAUAAAAGCAAAGUGUUUAAUUAAAAAAAAAUCAAAUGAGAAUCUUUUAAUAAAUAAAACUAAUCAUUCAGAUAAGAAA